UUUAAACGCUCAAAACAAAAACAACAACAAUAAAAAAUUUCCAACAACUUUUGAAAUCAAAAUUUACCCAAAGAACCACAUUUAAUUAAUUCAUCCCAGUCAAGAAAUUGACAAAUUCCCCAAUAUUUUCAAAUUUUCAAUUCUUCAACUCUGCAGAUCAAUUAUCAUCAAAUAACGCGUUCAUAAAUCAUAAUCAUAUUAUAAUUAUAAUGUAACACCAGAUGUUGUCAUUACUCCUGGAGUCGUGAUGAGAGUCCUAUGUAUAUUGUUCUUCCUUUUUCUAUAAAAUCGUACACAUUUUCAUUACUCUAUUUUCCUCAUCCUACUCUCUUUCUCUAACUUUUUCACAAUAUUUAAAAUUUGAGAGAGAAGAGAGAGAGUAUACAAUCUCAAAAUCUCUUCUUUUUUAAUUUCUAACUUCUUUUCCCCCACUUUUUCUCACUCCGAGAUCUCCCAUUGUUCUUCUUUCAGCUCCUAAUUUACCCACCAGAUUUUAUUUAUGCUAUAAUAACGACAAUGGAGGUUACAAAUUAAGAGAAAAAGCUGUUGUAGAUGCAAGUUUCUCUAUAUCUUGGUGAAAUUUUGGACCUUUUUGUGCUUAAUUUACUGAUCAUCGAAUUCUUCGAAUUUAGUGAAGCAAAGGGUUUUUGAGGGUUUGAUUCUUAUCAUUUCUGGUUAUAUGAGUAGAUUUUUAAGUUUAGUGGUCACCAAUGAAAGCCUUUGAAUCAAUGUCAUUGAACAUAGAGAGGAGAUGGGCAUUUCCUCUUGUUAUAAGCUCAGUUAUAUGUGUGUUUCUCAUAGCAACAUGCUUCAACAUGGGUCUUCUUUCUUCAAUUCACACCAUAAAUGCCCUCAUAUCACACUACUCUAGAUCAUCCCCAAACCAAACAAAUCCUUUGUUUGUGGAAACAGUAGUAUCUCAGCCUCCUCCACCACCUCCUCCACCUCCACUCCCUCGAUUUGCGUAUUUGAUUUCCGGGUCAAAGGGUGAUGCGCAGAAGCUAUGGAGAACGUUGCAGGCAGUGUACCAUCCCAGAAAUCGAUAUAUUGUUCACUUGGAUUUAGAGUCUCCACCAGAAGAAAGACUGCAGUUUGCUGCACGACUCGACAGUGAUCCGCUGUUUGUUAAGAUUGGGAAUGUGCAUAUGAUCACUAAAGCUAACAUUGUCACUUAUAGAGGCCCUACUAUGGUUUCGACUACACUACAUGCUUGUGCCAUUCUUCUCAAGAAAUAUAAUGAUUGGGAUUGGUUUAUCAAUCUCAGUGCUUCUGAUUAUCCUCUAGUCACCCAAGAUGAUCUUAUAUACACAUUCUCAAAAUUAGAUCGGAAGCUGAACUUUAUUGACCAUUCUAGUAAGCUAGGUUGGAAGGAGGGUGGAAGGGCCAUGCCUCUUAUUGUAGACCCUGGGCUUUACUCAUCAACAAAAUCAGAUAUAUUCUGGGUUCACCCAAAGAGAAGUUUGCCGACAUCAUUCAAGUUAUAUACCGGUUCUGCAUGGAUGGCUCUUACCCAUGAAUUUGUGGAAUACCUCAUUUGGGGAUGGGAUAACCUACCUAGAACCAUGCUUAUGUACUACUCAAACUUUCUCUCCUCUCCAGAAGGCUACUUUCACACUGUCAUCUGCAAUGUACCUGAGUUUGCUAAAACCACCGUAAAUCAUGAUCUUCACUAUAUUGCUUGGGAUACACCACCAAGACAGCACCCACGUACUCUCACCUUAAAUGAUGCUGAUAAGAUGGUCACCAGCAAUGCUGCAUUUGCACGAAAAUGCAGGCAAGAUGAUCCUUUAUUGGAUAAAAUUGAUCGAGAAUUACUCGGUCGCGUAAAUGUGAGUGUUACUCCUGGACGCUGGUGUGGUGGAAAGCCACGUUGUACUAAAGUUAAAAACCCUAACAAGGUAAAACCAGGUCCUGGAGCUCAAAGACUUGGUCAGCUUAUAUCAGUAAUAGCUUCACCAGAAGCAUUUCAAACUAGGCAAUGUAAAUAGCUUUAUCAUGGAAGACUGACUUCCUUGCAUGUGGAUAUAUCACACAAGUAAAACAAAGUGCGGAGGUGUGUUUAUGUUUUGGCAGAUGAAGCGGAGAGAGCAACGGGUUUUUUACUUACCCUGUGCUCAAAUUUAUGCCGUUGGCAUCGCCGAUGUUGGGUUUUCUUUUCGUCUUGGGGGUGCUGACAGUGCAGUGAUUAGGCCAUAGCUGGUUGAGAUUUUUCACUGUUGUCAGAGUUAGGACUUUUAGAUUUUUGUAGAUUGGUGAAACAAUACAUACAUUUGAUCGCGUUAUCUCUGUGAUUCCGUGAAGUAUCCUUCCUCGAGUAAUAAUUCUUUACGGCUUAGUACAUAGAAGUAUCAUUUACUUCUGAAUUGUUUCGAAGAUUGAAAACUCAAAAGUGCCAUAUUUUUGUUGAGCAUUUUGUAUCUUUUGAUGCUUGAUGACACAAAUAUGGAGCCUUUCAUCUGGAAAUGAAUUUCAUGUCCAAGCAUGCAACUUCACUAAAUUCUGGUACUAUCAUGUUUGUAUUAGUGCUGAAGUGCUUUCAGUUUCAUCCAUAAUGAAUAUUCAAAUUGAUCGUGUUCA